AUGGCGAAUGAAGGUUCUCAUACCGAGACCUUAGCUCCGCUGGAGUCGCAUCUGUUCGAGAAUCGGCUUGUUGAUGCCAGCCAACAUCAGACAUCUUCGUAUGCUCCCACGACAUCCGGGCCUGAAGCUGUAUCAUGGACUGUGCAGAGCUCCACAGCGAAUGGAGUUUAUCCUAAUCCAACAUACCAGUAUGAUCAGCAUCCGCAGCCACCUGGAAGAAGCGUUCAAGAUGGUCAAAGUGUAUCGUCAGUUGCUGGUAAUACAUCAAAUUUGGGAACAGCUAAUGCACCACAAGAUUACAAUGCAUACACAUCAUAUGCAAAUUCUUCUAAUCCAUAUGGUUAUGGCAGCAGUACGGGAUACUCAGGCUACUAUAACAGCUAUCAGCAGCAGCAACCUAAUCAUGCUUAUUCACAGCCUGUAGGAGCAUAUCAAAAUACAGACUACUGGAGGUUACCAAAACAGCAAUGGAUAUACAAAUCAAGCGCCGCAACUCCAGUGCAGUAUCAGCAACAAUACACGCAAUGGGCAGACUACUACAGCCAAACAGAAGUCAGUUGUGCUCCAGGGACAGAAAACUUGUCUGUCCCAAGUUCAUCUACUUCGGGAUGUCCCGUUCCUGCAGCUACUAGUAGUUAUGCAACUCCAAAUAAUCAGCCUCCACAAUCAUAUCCACAAUAUUGGGGGCAAGAGUCCAGCACUCCUGCUGUGCCUUCUUUUCAGCCUGCUGCAGUAAAUAGUGGUGAUUAUGACGGUUACUGGAAACAUGGCGCCCAAACUAGUUCUCAAAUUCACCAAACUAGUUCUCAAAUUCUCCAAACUAAUCCUAUUCAACCAAACUAUCAAAGUCAUUUGGAUUUAAAUUCUUCUUAUGAUAAAUUUCAGGAUCAACAGAAGACAGUAUCUUCUCAAGGAACCAAUUUGUACUUCCCUCCUCCCCCCCCUCCCCCUCCCCCUCAACAGGUUAAUCUGGCGCCCUUACAAAGUGCUCCACCUUUGGAUACAAAACAAGUAAGCAAGUUUCAGAUCCCAACAAAUCCUCGAAUUGCUUCAAAUUUGGCCUUCGAACAAUCUAAGACCGAGAAAGAUAGCUCCACAUCCAGUGCAGCCAUGAAACCUGCUUAUAUUGCUGUUUCUUUGACAAAACCAACUGAGAAAGUAUCAUCUAAUGAUGCUGCUAAUUCUAUACUUAAGCCCGAUACGUUUCCCAAGUCUUUGCGUGGCUAUGUUGAAAGAGCCUUGGCUCGUUGUAAAGACGAUGAUAAGCAAAUGGCAGCAUGCCAGGCUGUCAUGAAAGAGAUGAUCACCAGGGCUAGAGCUGAUUGUACCCUACACACACGAAAUUGGGAUAUGGAACCGCUUUUCCCAAUGCCAGAUGCAGAUGCAGUCAUUAAAGAUAAUUCACUGUCUUCGGCCCAUGAUUUUGUAUUGCCAAAAUCUAAAAAAAGUCCUAGACGGUCUAAAAGUAGAUGGGAGCCAUUACCAGAGGAGAAGCCGGUUGACCAUCCAUUGCCAAUAAGUAAUGAUACUGUAAAAUACAGUAGUUGGGUACCUAAUGAAAAGGAUAGAAAGGUGGUAGUGGAAAACAAAGAGAGCAAGGAAGACAGUUGGAGGAAUGCAAAAUUUUCUCCAUUAUUUCAGAGAAUGUCAAGUAAGGCUCCCCAAAGGCCAUUUAAGAAGCAGCGUCUUGCCGAUGUAUCUAUUGCUCAUGAAAAUGGUAAUGCAUCUAGUGACAGUGAUAAGGAACAAAGUUUGGCAGCAUAUUAUUCUGCUGUUGUUAAUGAUACACCAGAGGAAUUGAAAAGACGUGAGAUUCGUUCUAAGCGAUUUGAUUUAGGGCAAACACAACGAACAGAAAAUAACCACUCAAGGAAAAAAAAUGCUAGAGCUGGAAACUUGUACAAUAGAAGGGCUAGUGCUAUGGUGCUUAGCAAAAGCUUUGAUGAUGGUGUCAGCAAAGCUGUUGAGGAUAUUGACUGGGAUGCUCUUACUGUAAAGGGUACCUGCCAGGAAAUUGAAAAGAAAUACCUGCGCCUAACAUCGGCACCAGAUCCCGCCACUGUAAGACCUGAAGAGAUUCUUGAAAAAGCACUAUUAAUGGUUCAAAGUUCCCAAAGGAAUUACCUUUACAAAUGUGACCAGUUAAAGUCUAUUCGCCAAGACCUAACUGUGCAAAGAAUACACAAUCAACUAACAGUCAAGGUGUAUGAAACGCAUGCCCGGUUGGCACUGGAAGUUGGGGACCUGCCUGAAUAUAAUCAGUGUCAAUCCCAGCUAAAGGCUCUUUACGCCGAAGGGAUUGAGGGGUCGUACAUGGAAUUUGCUGCUUACAACUUGCUUUGUGUUAUUAUGCAUUCAAAUAAUUACAGAGAACUCCUAUCAUCAAUGGCAAGAUUAUCCGUCGAUUCAAAGAAGGAUGAAGCUGUAAAACAUGCCCUGGCAGUUCGUGCAGCUGUAACUUCGGGAAAUUAUGUUGCAUUCUUUAGAUUGUACAAAGCAGCUCCUAACUUAAACACAUGCCUUAUGGAUCUAUAUGUUGAAAAGAUGAGGUAUAAAGCCGUGACCUGCAUGUGCCGAUCAUAUCGGCCUACCUUGCCUGUUUCUUACGUCUCUCUGGUUCUUGGAUUCUCAACUGCCGUUCCCUCAAAUGAAGCAAACGAUGAGAAAGAGGCUGCCGCUUUGGAAGAGUGUUCAGAAUGGUUGAAAGCGCAUGGUGCCAUCAUAAUAGCUGAUAACAACGGAGACAUGAUGCUUGAUACAAAAGUCUCAUCCACUAGUUUGUUUGUGCCAGAGCCAGAGGAUGCUGUUUCCCACGGAGAUGCCAACCUUGAUGUUAAUGAUUUUUUAGCAAAGGCACCUUUAUAG